AUGUCGAGCCGGUCCAGAUUUCAUACCCAGUCUGUAGGCUUUGUUGGUUCAUGGGUUAGAGACACCCCUGACUUGAGUCCAGAAGAGAAAGAGCUGCUGGGAUUCCUUUUCGUCGAUUCCCAACCCCAGUAUCCCGUCGUCAGUCCACGUUUCCAGUACGCAGAGCAGGAGUCGUUUGCAGGCCCAUUACCGGCCGCUUGGCCCAUUCUCAAGGACGCCUAUCUCGCCUACGCGUGUGUUUUGAGGUCACUUCAACCCGGUGGUAACCCGGAAGCAGACGAUGCCUCAAAACUCCGCUACGCAACUUCAGCUAUGGCAGCUUUACGUAGCCUCCCUAUCGCCAACCCAAAAGACGCGGAGCUAUGUCUGACGCUAGGGUUUGCCUUGGCUUUAUCCGUAUAUGGGGCGAUUGGCGUGGGUGUGUCCGACAUCUGCCACUACUGCCUCAGCAUCGCGAGACCAUAUAUUGAAGCUGCCGCUGUGGUUCCGGAAAUGGAGCCCCGAAUAAGUGUCCUGGUGCUGCUCGAGACCAUGGAGUGCAUCGUCUACCGUCGGACGCCGACUCUAAGGAUCCAGCCACGAGCUCCCGGAGUCGUCGAUCGCCAUCUUGGUCUCUGUCUACCUUUGCUACCGUAUUACUACGAUCUCUGCUCCGUUAGCCACUCGCUCGCUAAUAGCACCGGCGCAACACAUGCAGUCGAUCUUCAGCUGCGGCUCGGAGAGAUCCGAGCGCAUGUGGAGAAGUGGCAGCCGGCUCAGCCAGAGGGAUUUCUUCGCGAAUACAGUACGACUGAAGUUGUUCAACUGCUUGCACAAGCUAGGGUGUAUCGAUUAGCGGCUCUUCUGAUGAUACAUCGUUUACAGCACACUUUCGGACAUGACGACGGGCAGGCAGACAUCUGGUCACACGAAGUCAUGAUGGAACUUGAAUUAGCUCAGCAGAUAUCAGGACACCCGGUCCGCUUUGUUGCCCUGCCAUUCAUUAUUGCGGCGGUAGAAGUUCGAGAUACCGCUGAAAGAGAGAAGGUGCUUCUGAAUGUGAACGAACACGUCGAUCAACUUACGCCAGUCGUGCAAAAGGCGACCAGGACCUUCCUGGCGCGAAUUUGGCACGAGCGGGAUGCCCUAAUACACUGCUCUUGGCUCGAUUCAAUUCACAAGCCAUGCGUCGUUUUGGACUCUAUUGGACCCUCUCUUCCGCGCGAUCUGUUUAAUACGUAA